UGGUGGUCGACAGAAGCCUCUUCGACAGCAAAGAGGAGUACCACAACAUCGCCGGGGUCAUAUACGAUCUGAUCACCGACACCGUGAAGAAGGAGAUGCAAGUCGGCGGAAUCGUGGUGCAAGUGUUCCGCGACGGGAACGUCAAUUUGCGACAAGAUUACACGAUACUUUUGUCCUUUGCGUCGUGCUAUUUAACGUGGCGUCUGCACGAGGCUGCUGCGAACAAGGAGCUCAUGCAUCUUGCAAUAACAGAUCCAGAUUGUCCCCGAAUCCCAGAAACCGACGGCCUGAGCGUGCCCCUGAUCAUGCCCGGCAAAGAGCUCUCCCAGAUCUUCCUCGACCUCAGGAUGACGAACAUUCUAUCCUGGAACGUGAUCAACAUUCUCCACGACGAUACAUUCGACAGGGACACGAUCAGCAGAGUGAUGAAGGCCAUAUCGGAUAAGCUACCGAACAGACAAUUAAGCCUGGUCUCCAGGUCGAUCUUCACGUUGAAACACGAGGACACGGAGAUGGCGAGGAAGAAAGCCGUGAAGAAGAUAUUGGAUGAUUUUCAUGUGGAACAACUGGGACACUGCUUUUUGGUCAUUGCGACGGUUGACAUGGUUGUUGAUGUCAUGACGGUGGCAAGAUCCCUGAGGAUGGUUCACCCAGGCAGCCAAUGGCUGUACGUAGUAACGAACACCGCCCCGAACAGAACCAACAUCACAUCCUUCGUGGAGUUACUAGCCGAAGGAGGAAACGUGGCCUUCAUAUACAACGCGACCGAUUUCAAUGACUUCUGUGAAACUCUUCAGGUCAAAGUGACGUACUACGCGAAGAAACUGGUGCAAGCUUUAGCCAAAGCGCUGGAAUACUCUUUGACAAACGAGAUCGAUAUGCUGAAGAGAGUCGGUGGAGAAGACUUCGAGAUGAUCAGGUUGACGAAACGGGAGAGACGGAAGGAAAUCCUGACGAAUUUCAAAAUGUAUCUGGAGAGGGAUGUACUGAAUUCGGAGACGGUGCAUGGUAGAUGCGUGUUGUGGAAGUUCACCUCGUCUAUAACGUGGGGAAAUUUUUUUUCGCACGGUAAAAACGUGGCGCAUUUAUUGGACAUCGGCACGUGGACUCUCGCUGCGGGGGUUAAUUUAACGGACGAUAUUUUUCCGCACAUCGUGCAUGGCUUCAGAGGAAUUAAUUUGCCGAUCACUACGUAUCACAACCCACCGUGGCAGGUGAUCACCGUAAACGAAAAGGGUGAAAGAUCGUACGAGGGGUUAGUUUUCGACGUGAUCAACCACCUCAGUAAAAAAUUGAACUUUACGUACACAGUAAUCCUACCGGAAGUGAACAGUACGAAGCCCUGGAGCUCUUCACGAUUUUCCAAACUUGGAGACAAAAUUAACGAAAUGACGAUGUCGAAUACGAGGAGGGUGCCUAAAGAGGUGAUUAAGUUGGUUCGAGAGAAGAAGGUACUGUUAGCAGCGUGUGCUUAUACAGUACAAGAGUAUGAGGACACCAUUAACUUCACUGUACCCGUUUUCGUGCAGACUUAUAGCUUUUUAACUACUAGGCCUAGGCAAUUGUCUAGGGCUCUUUUGUUUGCCUCGCCAUUUACUAAAGAGACAUGGUUCUGUUUGGCUGUGACCGUUAUCAUAAUGGGUCCGAUCUUGUACCUGAUCCACAAAUACAGUCCAUACAGCACGAAGACCUCGGGCCUGAACUCAUCCUGGCAGUGUGUGUGGUACGUGUACGGGGCUCUUCUUCAACAAGGAGGAAUGUAUUUGCCUCAAUCUGACAGUGCACGCAUGUUAAUCGGAGUAUGGUGGUUGAUCGUGAUGGUGGUGGUAGCAACGUACUCCGGAAGUUUGGUCGCUUUUCUCACGUUUCCCAAAAUGGACGCAUCCAUCUUAACAGUGGAGGACCUUAUCGCACGCAAGGAUAAGAUAACCUGGGGUUUUCCUAAUGACAGCUUCCUAGAACUGUAUCUUCGAAACACCGAUGAGCAGAAGUAUCAGAUUUUGUUGGCAUAUUCGGAGAGACACAAUGAUACGGAAGAGGAAACGUUGGUGGAACGCGUGAAACAGGGGAAACAUGCUUUGAUUGAUUGGAGAAGUUCCCUCAGGUUCUUAAUGAGGAAAGAUUUGCUGUUAACCGGAGGAUGCCAUUUCUCUUUGAGCGCUGAUGAGUUUCUCGAUGAACCGAUUGCCAUGAUCAUUCCUCAGGAUAGUCCUUAUUUGGCCGUCAUUGAUGCAGAAUUGCGUCGAAUGCAGGAAUCUGGUCUGAUGAACAAAUGGAUCUCCGAGAAGAUGCCGAUGAAAGACAAAUGCUGGGAAGUUCCGGGCAGUAAUCAAGCGGUGAAUAAACGGAAGGUCAACGUCGCUGAUAUGCAAGGAAUAUUCUUUGUUCUUUUCAUGGGCGUCACGUUGUCUUUCCUGUUCCUGUUCUGCGAAUUAUACUGGAACAAGCGCAAGGUAUCCAAGGAACGCAAACUGAUUCGUCCAUUCGUCUCCUAAAGCAGUUUCCAAGCUAGUUGUUUCGUUAGACAAUGAUUUUUCCUCGAAUAAACGAAGCAGAUCAACGUUACUUCAACAAUUA